AUGGACGACAGGGUGCAGGACGAAAAGGAGGAAGAGGAGGUGGAUGGAAGGAAAGAAGAAAACAAUGAGACGGUGGAUGAAGAGACGGAGGAUGAGGAGGAUGAAGAGGAGAAAGAAACGACAAGAGAGAUACAUCACACUGAAAAAGAGACGGAGGAAAAAGAGGAACUCAACUCCACUGAAACACUGAGUCACGAUGGAGAGACACCAGAGGACGAGAGGAGAGAGGGAGAGAAAGACUCUGGCAGACUGAACAGUGAGGACAUUUGUCCCACAUCACCGAACAAGGACAAAGACUCCGAGGAGGUUUUACUGAGCAGCUCCGACGCUUUGACUCAAACUGCAGAGACGGAUCUUCAUCCUGAGGACGCUCCGCUGCAUCUGAGAGAAGCUCCACCUGAACGACACGCAGAUCGACCGACGUCAGGUUUGAAGCUGGAGAAACAAGCGACUGCGAUGGACGCGGCUUCUCAGUCGUCGGUGGCGACCGCAAGUGAAAACGAGCGGAUCAGUGCGAACCAGAACCCGGCGAUGGAAGCGAAGGAGGGCGAAGGAGCCAAAGAGGAAGGAGGUCAGAAUUCUGCUAAAAUGAACGGAGAGGCGGGCGACAAGAAGAGCGACGGCCGUCAGUCAUCGAAGUACAAGACUGUGUCGUACAGGAGGAUCCGCAGAGGAAACACCAAACAGAGGAUCGACGAGUUCGAGGCCAUGAUGAACUUCUGAUCCAGCCGCUUUUUAUAAUCCUGAGCUGUUGAACGAUGAAUCCUGUGAAUGAAUAAAGAAAGAAAACCCAGGAGAGACCCUUGUGGUGCUCCAUUUUUAAUGAUCUGUUGUGAGUCUGUAAGAAAUACAAUGAUUCACUUAUUAUAGAAGAAACUGACACGUGUAGUUGAUUUACAUGUUUUAUUUCUAUUGGAAACG